CACUUGUGUAUUCCCGUAUUUUUCAGCAAAAGAAAAGCGCACAGCGGAGUCACGUGACCAUGCGCGCGCACCACCAGUGGCAGACGACAGUCUCGCUGUUUCCAGAGUUCCAUCUAUCAUCGUUCUUGUCGCGAAAGUCCUCCUGAAGUAUACGACUGAAGCUGAACCCAAGCAAAAGAAUUUGGACUGAGAUAGAAGCUGGUGCUGAAUAUUUGUUUUUCCCAGACAGAAAACUCCUUUUGCCAGACAUCAAAUGGACAGCAACAAAGUUACAGCUAUGCCUGUGGCAAGUUACGCCUACAGCAGCAACGAUAGCCAGAGUGCCUUUGGUCCCCCCAGCUACGACAGCUACAACAGUUACAACACGUUCGCCUCCCCUUACGGCCACGUGCCUGUGGUGACGCCACCAGCGCCCGUGCACCACACCAUGGUGGUGGUGAAUCAAGUCGCUCCCCAGACACUGGUGCCAGGCAGGAGAACGUGGGGCUCCGGACUCUACGGCUGCUGCGAGGACGUCGGCGUCUGUUUGUGCGCAACCUUCCUGACGUACUGCGCGGCCGCGAAGCUGGCUCAGGACCUGGGCGAGAACUGCUGUGUUCCCUUCUGCGUCCCCGGGUGGCUCGUUGUUCUCAGGACCAAAUUCAGGACUCAAAUGAACAUCGAGGGGUCGGUGUGUAACGACUGCCUAGUGACGAGCUGUUGCGGCAUGUGCGCGAUGUGUCAGCUGAUGAGGGAGGUCAACAUGGCGCGCCAAUCGGGUCAACUACCCUGAUGGACGCGGCCACCCGCCAGUCACCAGCCCCUCACCUGCUCUACCUGCACUUCCGUCUACAAGUCUGUCAGCACGAAGGACGGUGUGUAGCAAAUCUCCUUGACAUUCCCUUGCACCCCGAAAGUCUCCGUAGUCUGCGAUAAAGUCGUUCGGGUGGAUGUGCUGGUCCAUGUGGCUGUGGUCGCUCACGAAGAUGUAGAUCUCCUCCUGCACAGUAACUCAAGCAUGCUGCAAGUUCAACCGAGUAAAGCGUACGACUCAUUUAAAAUGAAUGUGAGUCAGGAGAAAACUUUUCCCAUGGCGAAUAUUUUAUUUGUUUUCUAAAAUUUCUGUGAUGAAAGAAAAAUCGAAUUAAAAAAUAAACUCAACUUUUGUGUGUUCCUGCUUUGUAGUUAAUAGCAAUACUACUUAUAUAUGUACAUCCUCAUGUUCCUAUGCUGCUUUACUUCUUAGGGUAAGUAUAUCCAUCUUAUUGGCCACAUACACUAGCACUCUUGCACCGCUACUACGGAGAUUUUACAGGGUGAGGCGAAGUCUAUGUUUCGUGUUGGCAGAAGGUAGAGAUUGCAAAAGGUAGAGCACAUGGCUAACCCUGAAAUGUGAAGCAAUAAAGAGGUUAAGCUGAUUUCGUAGACAGCCUUCUGGUCGUUCUAGAAACUGUUCCAACGGCGAGAAACGUCAAUGAUGUAGCAUAUGUGACCGUCUGGGUGGUCUUUUGAAUGAAUCGUCUGUGCAAGAUAAAACACAUCUUUAAAUUAACAAUGCUGACUUAAAAAAAAAAAAAAACUGCAUCUUACCAU